AUGGCGACUCUUCCCACGCGAUACCGGUCGUCGACCUCGGCGUCGACCUCGGCCAACACCAACCCGAAAUACGUCCAAGUCCUGCAGACAUUGCUCGAUGAUCUUAUCCACGAACAGACAUCUCGAACCGGCGAUGGCUACCCCGAUAUCCCCAAGCUCGUCAAGGGUUUGCGAAACCUUGCCCAGCUGAUAGCUGCCCCUCCGGCGUCCAUGAACCAAGAUGCCUUUCGACUCGCGGGGGGGUUCGAGUGCGUGCUCGACGUGCUGCGUGGCUUUGCGGGCUACCACGAUCCGCGGAAGCGGAGCCAGGCUGAGAUGAUGUCAUUGUUCAAGCUGAUUGGAGCUUUCCUGAGCGUCUUGUCAGCUGCAUUUCGAGAUCACUCCGGCAAUAAACGGUUCUUCCGCUAUAGAGUUGCGGGAGGUGGAUGGGAAGCUCUGGAGCAGACCAUUGCGAGCAUUGGCUUGGGAGGCGCAGAGCCCGACGUCUGGGUUAGCUGCCAUGUAUUUGGCAAGCUUCUAGCUUUCUCGCUGGACGAUGAAGCCUUGGAUCUACUAUGCCAAUCUACUGCAAAGGCCUUACGAUCGGAAUCCGACACCGAAAACGAAACCGACCCCAAUAAGAACCAGACUGAUGCCCCUGACAACGAAGUUGAAGAUGGAGCCGACGAACAAUGGGAUCUUGUGCUUGCGCGCUCAGUUGGGAAUAUCGGACCAAGCGUGCGCGAGGUUGUCACUGCCAAGACGAUAAUACGUCACCCAGAGCUGCUCAGAGCUGUCGUGAGCUUCUGGCGAGCUAUCCCCAGGCCCGAGAAUUCGACCCCGAGCCCAACGUCCCUCAUUGUGCUAGAGACAAUCCUCAGUGCAGCAUCGGUCUCGAUAUACAACCGUGCCGCGAUCCAUUCCACUGGCGUUCUUUCGCAGUUCCUCGAGUCUGCCUUCUCGCCCCAAUCCAACCUGGCGCCGGCAGAACGUGAUAUCGUGUUGGCCCUAUGUCGAUCGCUCAUGUAUCUCGGGGUGAACCAGCCUGCAGAUGUUCAGUUUCUGUUGUCAGCACCAGGCCAGGAGGCGGCCAACUUUUUUCUAGAAAUGACCUCCAAAUACACCGGCCCUCCUUUUUUCCAGUUUGACUUAUCACUCCAUGGCCAUUCUUCCCUGGAGCUCCCUACCUUGGGCCGUUCAUUCCCUCCUCAAUCCUCGGCUGGAUAUACCUUUACAGCUUGGAUACGUGUCGACUCUUUCGACCCAACCGCGCAUACCACCAUCUUUGGAGUUUUUGACUCUUCGCAAACUUGUUUCGUACUCAUGUACUUGGAACGAGAUACCCACAACUUUAUUCUUCAGACCUCAGUCUUUUCCAACAAGCCCAGCGUGAGAUUCAAGUCUGUGACGUUUCAUGAGAAAGAAUGGUACCACAUUGCAGUUGUUCAUCGUCGACCAAAAACAAUGUCAGCCAGUAAAGCAUCUCUCUAUGUUAAUGGAGAGUUUACAGAGCAGAUUCGUUGCAAUUACCCGCAUAUGCCUCCAUUGGCAAAUGGAAGCACAGAAACAUUUGCUUCGUUCAACUCGAAUCACAACAAGCACAAUCCCGUCCAAGCGUUCCUCGGCACCCCUCGCGAUUUGUCCAACCAGAGCGGCCCUGGCCUUGUCUUUUCGAGAUGGUCAUUGGCAUCUGCCCAUCUAUUUGAAGAUGUUCUUAGCGAUGAUUACAUAGCGGUUCACCAUGCGCUCAGACCGCGCUACCAAGGCAACUUCCAAGACGCUCUAGGCGGCUUCCAGACCUAUGAGGCAUCAGCUCAACUGGGCUUGCGCAAUGAGAUUGUUCAUUCCGGUCAGGACGAGAAUUCUGAUAUUCUUAGGGCAGUGCGUGAUAAAGCAAGCUCGCUUUUGCCAGAGUCAAAGAUAUUGCUCGGUAUCCUCCCAUCUGCCACCUUUCCGGAAAACGUGCAGUAUAUCGACACAGGAGUGCUCCGAGCACUUCCUCGAUCAUCCACCCGUGAUCUUUUCCGCAUGUCAAGCAAGGAAGCAUCUCCACUCGCCAUCAACUGUGCGGUGCCAAGCCUCACGGAUGCAUUAUUCAGAAGCCAGGGGAUUGCUUCUUUUAGAGGUUCUCCAAUUGUGGCCGUCCCGUCAUACAUGGAUGAGAACCUCUGGCGUCUCGCCGGCUUCACACCAUUAGCCCUGAAGCUGUUAGAAAAAGCGACAACGGUUGAGGAAACUGUCCACGCCAUCGAGAUCAUGUUCCAUUGCAUCCGGAAAAAUUGGAGAAACAGUGAAGCCAUGGAGAGAGAUAAUGGAUAUAGCAUCCUGGGGAUGCUUUUACGCUUCAAGAUUGGAUAUGGUGGCUCUGGAACUGCCGGCGAAGCGCCAACGUUUCGUCUUUCGGUGUCUCACGAAGAACGUGAAAGCCUGGCGUUCCGCAUCCUAAGCCUGGUCUUGGGAUUUGUCGGAUAUAACCACUCCGAUCCCAUUGACUCUUUCAUCAUUAACCCCUUAGCAUACCGCAUCCUACUCAUCGACCUGGAUAUCUGGCGCAGAGCAGGGCCGCGCGUACAAGAGCUCUAUUAUAAGCAAUUCGUGACUUUUGCCGUUAACAGUAAACAUCAUGAUUUCAACAGUAGGAGGUUGAUUCGCAUGAGAAUUGUGAAACGACUAUUGGACGCCAUGAAAGGGGAGGCUAUUUCUGAAGAGGUCGUUCCGCAAUUCAUGGGGGCUUUCGAAGCCCUCGUCAGGUCCAAUUUGAGCCAAGAAGUUAUGAGAUCCUUGUCACUCUUCAUCACUUAUGCUUUUCAUUUGCCUACCUCCAUAGGCUCACGAACACCGCGACUGUCCUUGGCAACUUCAAGAUCCAGCACACCCGGCCCCUUCAAGAGCGGGGCCCGGGAUAGAAGUGAUAGCGGUGGUCUGGGCAGCGUUACUAGAACUGUUUCGAAAAAGCAACUUGGAACCAACGUCCUGAGUCUUUACUCCAGGAUUCUAUGCGAAAGAGGCAGCUUCAAUAAUAUCAAAAAGUUUGCCAAGACAGUAACCAAUAAGUGGUUGCUGUAUCUGCUUGCCGAUGAUGACUCUGAGACUGUCAUUCAUGGAUGCAAAAUCCUCGCUCGCCUUCUUGUUGUUCAUGGAUCUGCUUAUACAUCAAAGUUUGCCGGCAAAUCUGGCGGAUUUACGAUUAUGGCCAAUCGAUUAAAAAGAUUUUGGGACCUUCCUCCUCUAUGGACCAUAUGCUUUUGCAUAUUGUUUGGGCAGGAUGUGGCUGAUGUCAACCUUGAUAGCAGGGCUGAUUUCCAUACUCUGGCUGAAAAGUUUGACAAGCGCAAAGUUGUCUAUCCCGAGUCCCUGGUUAUCAUCACAUCAAUGCUUCAGCAUGGCCUCAAAGACGUAAUGAAGUACCAGGACGACCCAGAUUCUCCAGCUACCAGUCUUACACCAUCUCAUGGAUUACCUAGACCGUCUUCCGCUUAUGAGACAAGACCUAGAGCGAGCUCAGAUCUUGUCAGAGGUGCAGAACCUAGAUUCCCAAUGUCCCGAGAGAAAGUGGGUGCACACGCCGUAUUCCUUCAAAAUGCCAUCCAGGUCUUGCAAAAUCUCUACGAGCGGUCUUCCGAGUUUAGAGAUUUUGCUUUAUCAUCUGAGUGGAUUCGUUUGCUUUUAGCAGCUCUCUAUCCGGUCAUUGUUAGCGCCGAUGCAGUUACGCCGGACGUGGAACUGAACUCUCGAGACUCUGCUCUGACGUUUGAAGGCAACGACGUUAUUAUUAGGCCCAUGGGUGGUAGUUCUAUGCCAGCGCCCAUCGUUAGAACGACCAACAUUGACCUUGUGCCGUCACCGCAGUCAACGCCGCCAAAAGGGACACCUCUAAGACGAGCAUCGUCCUUUGUCCUUUUGACUGCUCAGAAAACCGUUCAAGAACCAAAAUUCUCUUCUCUUUUGGCAAAGCCUCUGCCUCAACAGCAAAAGAUUGUUAGUGGCGGCCUCGGCAAUGCUAUCUUAGAUGGGAUAACCGACUUGGUUAUGCGGGUUUUCUCGGACCAAAUUUUCGUCCGCAAAGAGUUUUCGGGCUUUGGUCUCUUCACCAAGAUGCCCCCUGGUUUCCAAGAGCAUCAGGCGUAUUUUGAGUCAUAUAUCUUGAAAAAGGCAAUUUCUGAGGUGACAAACAUGGUCCAGACGAAGCGUCAGGGGAUAUGCGAGCCUAGAAUUCUGACAAAUCUUGGCCGACUCUGCUCUCACCUCUGUGAAGCAAUCUUCGAAGGCUGGUUUCUGAAUGGUGCAGAAGCUAUGAUUGACUUCAACGGAAUGCUGCUGGAAUUUCUGCAACGGCCCGAGAUUGCGGCCUUGAAAAGCGUUCGUUUGUGCAGCCAAGCCAUAUCAACGAUUCGCAGCUGCUUGUUGCGGACGAUUCUGCUCAAGCUCUCAGAUUUGGACAAUCGACAAACGUCGGAGUCGGAGGCCAAAGAAUUCAUGGACAAGAUGGCUUACUGGCAAAUGUCUAUCCUGGAAUGUUUGGGGGCCGACGAUGAAUACCUAAAAUUGGUUUGGUAUCAACUUUACACGAAACUCAUUGACGAUAAGCCAUCGAUUCGUAUCGCUGCUGCCAAUUUCCUUCGCAUCGUUUUGGUACAAAAGCCCGAAGAAUCAGUCGCUUUGAUGCGCUGGUCUUCUGCACCGGAGCAGCGACAGAUCGUUCGCGAAUUUCAGAAGCUGACAGAAAUAGACGACGACGCAUUCGUUGUUUGGGUGGAUAAGCACAGGCCGGCGUUGGAUAUGCUCUUUUUCGGCGGCAUGGCAAAGACUUGGGAAGAUUUUGUCAGCGCAGAGAACCAUCGCACGUUUGAGUCUGCGAAAUCUCGUCUCAACAAACGCAAAGACAAGCUUAAAAUCUGGAAUAUGGAGGCAGCCGCGGCGGAGCAGACUCUUCUCAACCAUGAAAUUGGCAACAGCGCUUGGAUGAAGAGUAUCUACACUACAGAGUAUUUCAAAUACCAACGCCUGAUGCAAGAUCAGCAGGAUGACUUGGCCUUCCUCGCAGCAGGCUACAGGAAAAUGGAACGGGAUCUACAACGGCCUGGAGCGGUGUUUAGCGUGUCAACAGCACCGAAAUGGAAGUUGGAUCGCACGGAGGGACGAAACCGUAUGCGCCUGCGCCUCCUCCCUGACUAUCCUGUGGGCGAAGACAAGUAUCAGCCGAAAGCGAAAGGAAGCCAGUCAGCGACUCCUACGACUGGAUCUGCUUUGAGCACGACGCCAGUUUCACGGGAUCGAGCAGCCUCAGCAAGCCGGCCGCCAACGCGGUCUAGUACCUUGUUAGAUGGUGCCAACGACAGCGAUUUGACAUCUUUAUCCAUGGAGCCUGAAGUAACCUCAGAGAACCCUGAGCCUAUCCUCACAGCAGAGGACGAUUUUGAGCUCAUUGAUGAUCCCAAUGAGCGAAACGAAGGCGACGAGAACUUUGAAGAUAAAAAUCGCAAGGUCAGGCGGCGGCUGGAGCAUGGCGACCAGAUACAGGCCGCUUACAACAUAUCCCGAGUCACAGGUCUCGAGGCAUGUGAAGGCCUUUUGAUAGUAGGAAAGGACGCGCUCUACAUCAUGGAUAACGUGUUCCAGUGCGCCAAUGGCGAUAUUGUGAAUGUAUGGCAAGCACCGCAAGAAGAACGCGAUCCAUUCACCCAAGUCGUAACAGGCGCGAAGACGCUCGAAAAAAGACAAAAUGCCGGUGGCCGGGAACAAGAGUCGAGGCAUUGGAGAUGGCAAGAUGUUAUCAGCAUCUCCAAACGUCGGUUCCUGUUUCGAGACGUUGCCAUUGAAAUCUUCUUCACUGAUGGUCGGAGCUAUCUAUUUACCAACAUCUCUACCGCGGUCAGAGAUAACUUGUUUUCCAAGAUGCUAAAUAAAGCACCGCAUACCAGUGCGGCGCAUGCGCUUCCUAACCCGGAAGAUGCGUGGAGGUUCGACAUGCUCAAGGGGUUCGAGGAUUCUCCACAAGGCUUGGGAUCUAGGCUGGGAACUCUGUUCAAUGCAUCGCCAUGGACUUCCAUCAUGAAACGUUGGCAGAGAGGCGAAAUCUCCAACUUCCACUAUCUCAUGGUGGUAAAUACUAUGGCUGGACGGACCUUUAACGAUUUGACCCAAUAUCCCGUGUUCCCGUGGAUUCUCGCCGAUUACACCAGCGAGGAUCUUGACCUGGAAGACCCGAGAACAUUCCGCGACUUGUCGAAGCCCAUGGGUGCACAGACUCCCAACCGCAUUCAGGGCUUUAUUGACACGUUUAGUGCCCUCGAAGAGAUUGAACAGCCGCCGUUCCACUACGGCACCCAUUAUUCGUCUGCCAUGAUUGUAUCGUCUUACCUCAUCAGACUGCCGCCCUUUGUGCAAUCUUACCUACUUGUCCAGGGAGAUAGCUUUGAUCACGCAGACCGUUUGUUCCAGUCGAUUGGCGAUGCGUGGACUUCAUCAUCGUGUAACAACAAGACAGACGUCAGAGAGCUGAUUCCCGAGUUCUUUUGUCUACCCGAAUUCUUGACAAACAUCAAUGGCUACGAUUUUGGACGUCGCCAGAGCAAUGGUGCCCAGGUCAAUAAUGUCGAGCUUCCGCCCUGGGCCAAGGGCGAUCCUAAAAUCUUUAUUGCUAAGCAUCGCGAAGCGCUUGAGAGCCCCUAUGUGAGCGAGAACCUGCAUCAAUGGAUUGACUUGGUAUUUGGGUUUAAGCAGCGAGGCGAAGCAGCUGUGGAAAAUCUCAACGUUUUCCAUAACCUUUCAUAUGCGGGCUCGGUUGAUCUGGACCAGAUUAAAGAUACCAACGAGAGGGCUAUAUCUGCCGGUGUCAUUCACAAUUUCGGUCAAACGCCGCAUCAAGUGUUCCAAAAGCCGCAUCCGCCGCGAGAGCAAUUCAAAUCAUCCGUCAAGCGUCUGGAUACAGCCAUCUUCUCUCUGUCAUGCCUACCGAAUCCGCUGUUGGAAAGCCACGAGAGGGUCUCGUCGCUGAUAUAUGCGCCAAAACUGGACCGCCUGCUGUGUGCGUCGCCAUUCCGUCUUAAUCUCCCACCAUAUGACAAAUAUCUGGAAUGGGGAUAUGCAGAUAACAGUAUUCGUUUCUUCUUUGCUGACAAUCGCCGGCCGGCGGGUCUGUUUGAAAACCUCCACAUUGGCCAGAUUUCUUGCGCUUCCUUUGCUGACUCCAAGACGCUGAUCACCGCAGGAGAGGAUUGUGUGAUUUCGGUACACGCUCUGCAUACGGUGUCGGGAAAGCCUGUGGAGUUGUAUCUGAAAUCGAGCUUGUUCGGCCACAAGACUCCGGUGACUGCCAUUGCAGUGGGCAAGGCCUUUAGCACUUUUGUCACGGCUUCAUCGGAUGGCCAGGCUUUCUUGUGGGAUCUCAACCAGCUCUCUUUCAUCCGGAAGCUGCCUCUUGUGCGCCACGUGGAAUGUGCGCAGAUUCAUAAUGUAUCUGGCGACAUCAUGUUGUGCUCGGGGCCCAACGUGAUCCUAUACUCUCUAAACGGCGCUCUCAUUUUGGAACAGAAUGUAUGCUCCGACUCUGAAGAUUACGUCCACUCUUGCGCUUUUUACGAAGGCGCAGGAAACGAGUGGCUUGAGAAUUACCUCGUCUUUACGGGACAUCGCGGGGGCAUCGUCAAUGUGUGGCGCAAGAGCGCGGCAAGGGGGAAGUGGACUCUGGAGUUGUUGCGGCGUCUGGAUCAUAUCGAUUAUAAUAGCGAAAAGGGGGAGAAUACGAUGGCGGGGAUUACUUGUAUUAGCCCGAUGCCGACGUGUCUCUACACCGGGGAUGAUGAUGGGCGAGUGUAUGAGUGGAAUUUCGCGGGUAGCAGAGACAGGUAG